AUGGAGACACCAACAGAUGAAAUCAAAAAUGGACCAUCAUCAUCAUCACCAAUUGUAUCAGAAACGUCUAUAGUAGCAUCUACCAAACCAGACGACGAUGAUAUUACCGCUUACACUACAAUGAUGAUGACAGAAGAGGAAAGAGGAUUGGAAAAGAAGUUGUUACGCAAACAAGAUAUUCGGAUGAUUCCUUGGUUAUCUCUUCUUUACUUGAUGUUAAGUUUAGAUAGAAACAAUAUUGGAAAUGCACGAUUAGGUGGACUGGAACAGGAUCUACAUAUGGAAGGCAAUGAUUACUACACAGCUUUGACGAUCUUUUUUGCUGGAUAUGUCAUUUUCCAUAUUCCUUCCAACUUGCUGGUGAAAAGAUUACGACCUUCAUUUUGGAUCUCCUUUACAAUGGUGAUGUGGGGAAUAUGUUCUUUUUGCCAAGCUUUUACUCAUAAUGCAGCCGGUUUGAUUGCUUGUCGAUUUUUCCUUGGUAUAUUUGAAUGUGGUGUUGGUCCCUCGUUACCUUUUUUCUUAUCCUUAUGGUAUCAAAAAGAUGAAUUGGCAUUACGUGUGGCAAUCUAUUUUGGUUCAAGUACGUUGGCGGGAGCGUUUUCAGGGGCAAUUGCAUAUGGUGUUCUAGCUACUCUUAACGGUGCGCACGGUAUUGCAGGCUGGCGUUGGAUUUUCAUUGUAGAAGCUGUACCUACCAUUGCUCUUGGAUUAUUAUCUGUGAUGAUGAUCCCGGACCUACCUACAUCAGUGAAUCGACGUUGGCUUACAUCUGAAGAACAAGAAUUAGCGAUCAAACGUGCGACUAUCAGUGGCAAUACGGAUAAUCGACCUUUCGACAAGAAACAACUUUUUGCAGCAUUAAUGGAUUAUAAGAAUUGGUUAACUGUAAUCAUCUAUGUUGGUUUGAAUGUUGCUCUGGGAAGUUAUGCAGUGUUUCUACCAACGAUUAUUCGUGAUUUAGGAUUUACAUCAUUAAAUGCUCAAUUAUUAUCAAUUCCACCUUAUGCUGUUGCAUGCUGCUUGGUAUUCUUAGUUUCUUGGAACUCUGAUCGUAUUGUACAACGUGGUUAUCAUAUCAUGACAAUGGCUAGUAUAGGUGCCCUUGGAUAUAUCUUUUUAUUGGCUAGUGAAAAUCUGGGACUUCGAUAUACGGGAGCUAUCCUUGUGGCAUGUGGUAUUUAUCCUAUCAUUCCUUUGACAUUAUCAUGGUUAUCCAACAAUCAACUUGGUCAUACAAAACGUGGUGUCGCCAUUGCUAUGGUUUCUAUGAUUGCUCAAGCAUUUGCCAUUUUAGGUACACAGAUCUACCGAACUGAAGAUAGUCCAAGAUUUAUCCGAGGUCAUGCCGUUUGUCUUGCCUUUAUGAUUUUAACAGGCUUAACAGCUGGGUUAUUACGAUUUCUUUUACAGCGUGAAAACAAGAAACGUGAUCGCGAGUAUGGUAUAAAUACUAUCAAGGAUUUGUCUAGUUUGCAGGAUAUUGAUAUUUUAUAUGAUUCCCAUCCACAAUUUCGUUAUACUUUGUAA